UAUUUUAUUUUUUUAUUUUAUUUUCUUUUAUUUUAUUUUUUUAUUAUUAUUUAUUUAAAUAUGUCUGGUAAGAAUAAGCAUCUUGUAAUGUAAAUAAAUAUUAAUAAUUUUAAUAAACAGAACAAAAUAUUAGCCCUUCUGGAGUAAGUCUUUUAUUUUAUUUUUUUAUUUGGACAAAAAUAAAUUUAAAUGUCGUCAAUUAAAUCAUCAUUACUAGAUUAACAUUGUGCGUAAAAAGUUACAAGGUUAUGUUGGUUUUGCCAAUCUUCCCAACCAAGUUCACCGUAAGUCUGUAAAAAAAGGCUUUCAAUUUACUUGUAUGGUAGUAGGUGAAUCUGGACUUGGUAAAUCAACAUUAGUCAAUACAUUGUUCAAUACUCAACUUUAUCCACCAAAAGAAACAGGUGAACUAAGUCACGAAACAACUCAAACUGUCGAAGUGCAAUCCAUUACAUCUGAUAUUGAAGAGAAUGGGGUUCGAUUAAGAUUAACAGUUGUUGAUACACCUGGUUUUGGUGAUUUUGUUAAUAAUGAAGAAAGUUGGAAGCCAAUCUUAGAUAAUAUUGAAGCUAGAUUUGACGCUUAUCUCGAACAAGAAAAUAGAGUGAAUCGACGUCGUAUGGUUGAUAAUCGUAUUCAUGCUUGUCUUUAUUUUAUUGCUCCUACAGGACAUGCUUUAAAGCCAUUAGAUAUUGAAUUUAUGCGUCGUCUUCAUACUAGAGUUAAUUUGAUUCCUAUCAUUGCUAAAGCAGAUACUUUAACAGAAGAAGAAGUAGUUGCAUUUAAGGAGCGAAUUUUGGCUGAUAUUGCUUAUCAUAAAAUUCAAAUUUAUCAAGCUCCUGUUUAUGAAUAUGAUGAUCAAGAAACAAUUGCUGAAAACCGUGAAAUUAUGUCCAAGAUACCUUUUGCAGUUGUUGGUUCUGAUAAAGAAUUUGAAGUUGAAGGGGGUCGUCGUGUUCGUGGUCGUAAAUAUCCCUGGGGCGUUAUUGAAGUAGAUAAUGAAGAACAUUGUGAUUUUGUUAAACUUCGACAAAUGUUAAUUCGUACUCAUAUGGAAGAAUUAAAAGAAUAUACCAAUGAUGUUCUUUAUGAAAAUUAUCGUACUGAAAAGUUAACAGCAAUGGGUAUUCAACAGGAUCCUUCUGUCUUUAAAGAAGUCAAUCCUGUUCAAAAGAUGGAGGAAGAACGUCUUGCUCAUGAGCAAAAAUUAGCCAAGAUGGAAGCAGAAAUGAGAUCUGUCUUCCAAGCAAAGGUACAGGAAAAGGAAGCUAAAUUAAAACAAUCUGAGGAAGAAUUAUAUGCUCGUCAUAAAGAAAUGAAGGAAGCGCUUGAUAAACAACGUGCAGAUUUGGAAGAAAAGAAACGUCGCUUAGAAUCUGGAAGACCUAUGACUCCAGAAAAGACUGCAAAAAAAAGGGUUUUUCGUUUAAUAAGUAAAGAACAAAUAGGAUGUAUCGCUUUUCCCUUCUAUAAUAUCACCUUCUCCUUUCUUUAUUUAUAAAAAAAAAAAGACUUUUAUUUCCCUUUAUAUAUAUACAUAUUUAUAUAUAAAUCCCCUCCCUUAAAUAUUUAUAUUUAUAUAUGUAUAUACAUGCAUACAUUUAUGUAUACAUACAUACAUAAUAUAUAUUUAUAAAAUACUAUUAUCUUUACUACUAAUAUACAUAAUAUCUCAAUUAUAUAUUUUAAUGCUGUUCUAAAUAAAUACGUUUAGAGGGUAAUCCUUGACCUGGUAUGUCAACAAAAAGCUGUUUAUAUUCCCAUUUAUUCUUUUCGUCCUAAUAAUUAUUUACAAGUUAAU